AUGCUCCAACUCCGCCGCUUCUACACCAGGCCGUGUCAGGAGCCCAAACUUUUGCUUACGUCGAGCUCAACGACUGAUUCCCCCGCACUUUAUGCGUUCUUACUAGCGCUGGGGUUGCGCACAAUGGAUGAUAAGCCAAACGAUCGACGCUCAUUUGAAAACGCUUUGUCACCAUUAUCGUCAAGCUCUUUUUUUAACGGCUCUUCAUCGAUUCCGAUCUUCCAUAGUUCUCUUGCAAAUAGUACUCCCUCGUUGCCAUUACCGUUGAACGGUGAAAAUUUUAGAAGUGCAAGUGGUGAUCAACUUGCAACGACAUCAUCCUCAUCGAUGACAGGCGGUUCUACUUCUCCUGGCAUCAUGAGCUUUCAAACUGAACAAAAAUUCUCUAAGGGGGACGUAGUGAAGACGCCAAACGGAGUACGAAAGAAGUUUAACGGAAAACAGUGGCGACGUCUCUGCUCUAAAGAAGGCUGCACGAAGGAAUCGCAAAGACGCGGAUUUUGUUCGCGUCAUUUAUCCAUGAAGGGCAAAGAGAUGCGAGCCUUCAGUUAUGCGGCUGCAACAGCAGCUGCGACAAAAAUGUUUGCAAUGAGCAACACCCGACCACAACAGCAGUCCUCACAGCCUCUCUGCGAUCUGAUCUACAAAUCCGCCACAAACUACAGCGUUUCUUCAGGGCCUAUUUCCAACCAUGGCAAAGCUCCUUCUUCGUCUGUUAAUUCGUCGCUGCCAACGCCAUUGGAUCUUCUGCCUGUUCUCUCACCGGCAUGCGCCUGGCGACCCUCACCACCAAGUGAGGGCUCUUACUUUAAUUCCACCCCACCUCUUCAUACUCCUCCGAGCACGAACAUACCGCACUGGACAUCUUUCCCCACCCCCUUCGCCUCCUCUUCUGCCUCCCCCACCGUGCCUCCCUCCGCCUCAGCUUUUACGUCACAUGUGUCGUCUCACAUCCUCACCGCCUUCCCUGGCAAGACCGGCGACAGUGCCACCGCCACUUCCUCUACCCCAGUCUCCGCCUCCACCUCCGCCCCCGUCACCACCAGCUCCUUCUUCUCCAGUGGUGGUGGUGGUGCUGGAGAUCUAGCCAUUCAGCCCAUAACCGCUUGCCCUUAG